AAUAACUGGAAAACUGGAACUGGAAUAAUUGAAUUAAUAGAAUUGAUCUGGAAUGACUGGAGCUGGAAACACUGGAACUGGAAUGACUGGAAUACUGAAACUGGAAUAAUUGGAAUUAAUAAAACUAGA